ACUACACUAACAAAUUGCCUCAAUAGGCAUGGCAUAUUCUGCCAUCGGCGUCCUCCGCCAUCGGGUUCCUGUGCGAGCAAGUAGUCCUAAGCCAAAGCCACAAGGAGAUUUAACAUAUAUUUGACAAGCGGACGAGAUCUAUAGCUUCUCGACUGGAUACACCUCUCGAAUCCAUUCGCACUCCCUAUCUUCGAACCACGUACAUCCCUGAUAUUCUCUUGUCCUCCUAACACUUGCACUGCGAUCACGCAGGAGUAGCCCUUCCCUGAGGACUCUGACAUAUCUGGGUUUCAGAAGAGCCAGACACUCAUCAUGGAAGUCAACAUCGUACCACAGGUCAUUUCCGACGCUUCUGUGAACAAGGAAGGCCCACCGGCAGCGGCCAACCCAGAUAUCACCACCGUACCCAUUCCUGCGUCCUUGAUCGACACUACCUUCUCCUCCUCGACGAACCUAAGCACAACCGUCCUCGGUGCGAAAGUCCUCUCAUUCUCCGACGAAUGGUUCGCGUCCGCCGAGAACCUCCUGACCGCAGGUCCGCCGGUCCGCAAACCAGGCUUCUUUGUGCACACGGGAGCGUGGUACGAUGGCUGGGAGACGCGAAGACACAACCCCAAAGAGUAUGACUGGGUGGUGAUAAAGCUGGGCUGCGUCGGUGUGAUAGACGCCGUGGAGGUGGACACCGCUCACUUCAACGGCAACGAGGCACCGUAUGCGGGUCUGGACGGCUGUUUCCUCACGCCCGAGCAAGAGGAGGGCAGCGGUGUAGAAAAGGAAGGCUUUCGGAGCUGGAAGGAAGUGCUGCCCCCUUCCAAAUGCGGCCCCAGCCAACGUCAGGCCUGGAAGGUCUCUGGGCCCGGCGUCACGGGUCAACAAUUCACCCACCUGAGGUUGAAGCAGUAUCCGGACGGUGGUAUCGCGAGACUGAGAGUGUACGGCAAAGUCGUGCCCCCGCCGUUACCUGUCAGUGCGGCCGGUGGCGGCGAGAGACCGGUGGAGGACCUGGCGAGUGCGUUGAACGGUGGCGUCGCGAUCGAGUGCUCCGAUCAACAUUUCGGCGGAAAGGCUUACCUCAUCCUACCCGGUCGAGGCAAGGACAUGGGCGACGGGUGGGAGACCAAGAGGAGCAGGACCAAGGGCCACGUCGACUGGGUCAUCGUCCGGCUGGGUUUGAAGGGCAAGAAGAUUGAAAAGGUGGUCGUCGACACGAAAGACUUCCGUGGCAACUUCCCCAGGGCCGUCAAGGUGGAAGGUCUGUGGAUGGAAGCCGCCAAAGCAGCUCUGGGAACCGAAGCGGACCCCAAGGCCGACGAUGCCAAUUGGGUCCCGUUGAUCUCGGGCGAGCAGCCUUGUAAAGCCGACCUCGAACACAUCUUCGAAGAUGGAGCUCUCCUGGCCACGGACGCCCCAGAAGGUCGUGUCUGGACGCACGUCAAGAUGACCAUCAUCCCUGACGGGGGCGUGAAGAGGAUACGCGUUUUUGGGAGAAGGGCAUAGACUAUGGUGUCGUGACCUACACGCUCAUCUUGGGUCUCGAGGGGAAUGUCACUACUAAAUGUAAAUAGUUCAAAAGCAACCCCCUUUACCCUGUACAAAGAUUCUUGUAACAGUACUACCGUGCGUCGUCUUACUGGUGCGAGAAUGGACAA